GUGAGAGAAGAGAAGGUCCAAAAAGGCAGUGCCCUUUCGCUCUCUCUCCUCUGCGUAAAACGGACGAUCCCAAGCACCAAAAACAAACACCCUUUAUUCCUCUCUCUCCUCUCUCGCUCUCGAGACUCUCAUCGUUACUGAAAUUUAUAAUCUUUUAAUAUAAAUAAGAGGGAAUAAGAAGAAAGAAAAAAAAAGAAAAGGUAGUGCUCUGUUUUUUAUUACCCAUUUCCUUAUCAAAUUUGCAGACUUUUUUUGCUCUUUUUGUUGCUUUUGCCUUUUUAAUCUCUUGUACUUAAGCGAUCGUGAGGUGGGUUUGAUUUCAUUUCAAUGGAGUUGGUCUAGAAAAAGCCGGAAAUCCAAUUUGGUCUUUGUUGGUGUGAUAAAUUUUCGAGAAGAAUAAAAAUCCAGUCUUUGAAUCGAAUAAAAGGGUUGCUGUUCUUUGAUCAUGGCGGUUGCUGAGAAUGCACCAAAUUUCGACAACACAGCAGUGUCGUCAGACUCGAAUGCACAGAACGAUCUCGGAAACCCAAAACCCAGAGUCGAUUCCUCUGUUGCUCUGAGUGCUGAGCCCAAUGUACAGUCCAACGGACACGAUCAAAGUGUCGAGGGGAAGUUUCAGGAGCAGGAGAAAGUGACAACUUUCUCAGUCGCCACUAACAAUCACAAAGCUCCAUCGGGUCAGACCCCAAAUGGGUUUGAUUCCAAUGGGGUCGAUAACCAUCAGACGGAGGAGGCCAAGUCUGAUGGUUAUGUGAUUGAUCAGAGGUUGAAUGGCGAAGGCGAUGAGAAUUACAACCGUGAUAUGAGAGAUUUGGCGGACUUGUUGUCUAAGUUGAAUCCCAUGGCUGAGGAGUUUGUGCCUCCUUCCCUUAUCAACAACAAUGGCGGCUUCGAUUUUGCUGGUGGGUUUGGAUAUACUAAUGGUUUUGUACUGCACAGUAACUCUGGCAAUGCCAAUGGACUAAUGGGUAGGAAGAAGAAGAAUGGUUAUAGUCAAGGUCGGCGUAAGAACUAUUACAAAUUGAAUUUGGCUCAGAGGGAGGAAAUGAUUAGGAGGACUGUGUAUGUAUCUGACAUUGAUCAACAGGUUACUGAAGAGAACCUGGCUGCUCUUUUUCUUGGCUGUGGACAGGUUGUGGACUGUCGUGUCUGCGGUGAUCCAAAUUCAGUUCUUCGAUUUGCCUUCAUUGAGUUCACAGAUGAAGAAGGUGCAAGGAAUGCUCUAACUCUGUCAGGAACCAUGCUUGGCUAUUACCCAGUAAGGGUGCUGCCUUCAAAAACUGCAAUUGCACCUGUUAACCCAACAUUUUUGCCAAGGUCUGAGGAUGAGCGUGAGAUGUGCUCAAGGACUAUUUACUGUACGAAUAUUGACAAGAAGGUUACUCAAGCUGAUGUCAAACUCUUUUUUGAAUCACUUUGUGGAGAGGUUCAGCGCCUGAGGCUGCUUGGUGACUAUCAGCACUCCACUCGUAUUGCUUUUGUUGAAUUUACUGUGGCUGAAAGCGCAAUUGCAGCUCUUAACUGUAGUGGUGUGGUUUUGGGAUCGCUGCCGAUAAGGGUAAGCCCCUCAAAGACACCAGUUCGACCCCGUACCCCUCGUUCUCCGUUGCAGUGAACCACCUUUGCAUGUUUCCUUGACUAAUCUGCUGCUGAUAGAUAUAUCAACCGUAAGCAUACACAGAGACUUGUAUUUCGGCAUAUCGUGUCUAUCUAUGCUUUUGUCUAGGUUACUGUUAAGGUAUCGAUGUGACCUACAUGGGGUUAUCUGUGGGUUUAUUUUAAACUUGUAGAGUUGGAUGGAUUACUGAGGAGUUUAAUGGUUUAAUUUUACUUUGUUAUGAAAUCUAGAGGGAUAAUCCUGAAAAUCUCAAAUGCUUA